AUGGGUGCUGGUGAUGACUCGACAUUCUUCCUUUAUGGAAUGGGGGAACGGCCCGAGGCUUUGACCUUGGGAUCGUUGGUCUUGGAGAAGUAUUGGCAACCAAUGAUUGCUCGUCAUUAUACGCAUGAGUUGAUGAGCGAGGAUGCUCUUCGUGAGCAUGCGUACACGAGCGAUGUCACCAAUGCAGUCUUCCACGGCCAUUCCCGUCUUACGCCUUCCAUCGGGCUUGAAGGAGGAGAUAUCGCCCAUCUAAGUCUAGCCUAUAACAAAGAUCUAGAACGGAUCGUCAUUGCCGACAAAGGCACCCGGGUUCUACUGAAAGACCCCGAGCAAUUCCUCACUGAGAAUGUAUUGAGCAAUGCGAUUGCACAAGAAAAACUCAAACUAUGGUUAUCAGCUGCGUACAGCGCCUAUGUGCUGAACUUCAAGUUCGCCCGUCGACCCAAAGUAUGGCUUCUUACGGGAUUAUACCUACUAGAAGGGGCACGCACAGUCGUAUCACGUGGAUCAUCCUCGAAGGUCUCUGUGGGAGUCUCGUCCGCUAUUAUUGGGGCUGUUUCAGGCGUGCCGGUGGGUGGAUCUGUGAGUUUGGGCGUUGGAUCUACAUGGGAAAUGGCGAUGCAAGUCGCUGAGCCGCAUGUCUGGGCGGCGCAGUAUCGGUUGGUUGAUGCGCGGUUUAUCAAGGCUGGAAAAGGUGAUGACGUGAAGUUGCCUGUCUCUAUGGGUCUUUAUCGAGAUGUUAUGUCUGUUAAUACUGCCAGAGGUGGUGAGGGUCGGACUGUGGAGUUGGGGCUUGGCGAGGAGCAGUAUCAGCCUGAGAGACGGCAAGCGGGAGAAGAGGAAGAUGAUGACGAUGACUCGGGGGUUGUUGAAGAUGAUCAGGAGGGCUUGGAAGUGGAGGAAUAUGAGAAGAGAUUGGAACAGGCUAUCGGGCUAUUUGAGAAGGCUCCGAAGCACUUCUUGCACUAA